AUGCACUACCAAGAUAAGCUUCUUUUGGAUGCCGCAAGUGGAGGAUCAUUGACAAAAAACAAGACCGCAGCAGAAGCGUGGGAAGUUAUAUCGGACCUAGCAGACUCUACUCAACACUCUAGGGCUAUAAGUCCACAACCAAAAGCUGUGAGCAAGGGUUCUCCCUCCGGGGAUGGUAUUUUGACUAAGACCCUUAGUGAGAUGACAAUUUUGUUGAGGCAAAUCACCCAAGGGCAACAAAUCCCUCAAGCUUUGAUAAAUGCCCCACCUCAACCUCCUAGGACCGAAGGACCAUCAAGGAUAUGUGGUGUUUGUUUUUGUACUACUCAUUACACCGAUGAGUGUCCUCAAAUCCAAGAGGACACUACAUUGGCGGUUGCUAACCCCUACCCACAAAGACCGAAUUACAACCAAGGACCCUACCCACAUGGAGGAAGCAUAAAUGCCAUUAUUCUUAGGAGUGGUACUAAGUUGGAUAAGAAUGUGGCUAUACCUUCAAAGUUGAAUGAGGAGACAAACAAUAAGGAAGUAGGAGAUGAAGUAGAGGUGAUGAGGAGUGAAUAUGAAAAUAUUGGUGAAGAUGAAAAAGAACCAUCGAAGGUCAAGGAGCCAAAGAGAAAGACCUUGCUUGAAGAGCCUUUGCCCAUCCCCUUCUCGACUAUAGCUAAGAAAGCAAAGAAGAAAGAGGAUAUUGACCCCACUGUGGUGGAAGUUUUUGAGAAAGUUGAGGUUACCAUCCCUCUCUUUCAAGCCAUUCAACAAGUGCCGAAAUAUACCAAGUUCCUCAAGGAUAUUUGCACUCACAAAGACAAGCUUGGCAACCUCAACAAAAAGCUGGUAGAUGACUAUAUCUCUUCUUUACUUCCUGAAAAAUGCAAUGAUCUCGGCCCAGGUUUGGUCAGUUGUUUGAUUAGUGGGACUAAGUUCAUGGACUGUAUGUGUGAUUUCGGGGCGUGUGUGAACAUUAUGCCACUCCCCAACUAUGAGAGAUUGAACUUAGCACCUCUUAAAAGAUCCGUGGCGAGGUUUGUGUUAGCCGACAAGAGUAUUGUGUCAGUUGUGGGAAAUGUAGAGAAUGUAAUUGUCAAUAUUCAAGGAUUGAACUUUCCAGCUGAUUUUCACAUCUUAGAGACCCCUCCCAUUGACUCAACCAAGCCAUCAUCAAUACUCCUUGGACGACCAUUCUUGAAGACGGCCCGUUUCAAGUUAGAUGCACACUCGGGAGUCUAUUCUUUAGAGUCGGAUGGCAAGUUAGUCAAGUUCACCUUGGAGGUGUCUGACAAGCCCAUUCAUGGAGCUUACUAUAUUUUUGAAUGUAACAUAGUUGAAGACAAAGUGAGUGAAGAUGGCAAGGAGCAAGGAAAAUAG